UCUGGCCAAGCCUUGGUGAGCAGAAAAAAUGUCCACUCGCUACCACCAAGCUGCUAGUGAUAGCUACCUGGAACUUCUGAAAGAGGCUACCAAGCGAGAUCUGAAUCUUUCAGAUGAAGAUGGGAUGACUCCCACUCUGCUGGCAGCCUACCACGGGAACUUGGAAGCCCUCGAAAUAAUCUGCAGCAGAGGAGGGGACCCUGAUAAAUGUGACAUCUGGGGAAACACGCCCCUACAUUAUGCAGCUUCCAAUGGCUAUGCCCACUGUGUCUCAUUCCUGAUCAACUUUGGUGCCAACAUCUUUGCCUUGGAUAAUGACUUACAGUCUCCAUUGGAUGCUGCUGCCAGCAGGGAUCAGAAUGAAUGUGUCGCUCUCCUGGAUAAGGCUGCCACUUCCCAGAACAUCAUGAACCCCAAGAAGGUCUCCAGGCUGAAGGAGCAGGCUCAGAAAAAUGCCAGGAGGCAGAUCAAAGAGUGUGAAAGGCUCCAAGAGAAGCACCAAAAUAAGAUGGCCCGCACCUACAACAAGGAGGAAUCUGGGACUCUUUCUUCUUCCAAGGGCACCUUCUCCAGGUCAUCCUUCUCAAAUGCUUCCGCUUCCAGUACAUUUGGAUCCUUGUCUAAAGGCAUUAAAGAUACCUUCAAGUUAAAGUUCAAGAAGAACAAAGACACAGCAGAGCAGGUAGGGAAGGAAGGCAGAAGUGGACAGAGGAAUGUGAUGGAAAUGUUUAGAGAGGAGGAUGAAGACUCGCUCUCGGGGGGCUUCAGAGAGAAGCUCCAGUUCCCAGCAGAGGAGGACAACGAUGUGCAACAUGAGUCCAUUCUCAACCGUCCAGGUCUAGGGAAUAUUGUUUUUCAAAAGAACAGAGUACUGAGCCCUGAGGACAUCUCAGACAGCAAGCGGGAGUCGGAAUUUACAAUGCCCACUGAAUUGCUCCAAAGACAAGGAGCAGCAGAGGCCGAUGAAGCUGAGGCAGAUGAACAGGGAGAGGAAAAUGGCCUUGGGUCACCUGACCUGCCUUGGGAUGAGGAUGAAGUGGAGUGGGAGGAAGAAGUGGUGGAUGCAACUCCCCUGGAAGUCUUCUUACAGUCCCAGCACCUGGAAGAAUUCCUUCCCAUCUUCAUGAGAGAGCAGAUUGAUCUAGAAGCUCUAAUGCUGUGUUCUGAUGAGGACCUUCAGAACAUACAAAUGCAGCUGGGUCCUAGGAAGAAAGUUCUUAAUGCCAUCAACAGAAGAAAGCAGGUGGUACAACAACCUGGGCCACUGGUGGACACUAGCCUCUGAUGGAGGUUUGGUCCACAGGGUGAGCCUGCAGCCCUGGAGCCGUGCUGUGGCCCACUGGAAGCACUCCACACUAUUCCCACUCCCUACCCAAUGCCAGACCAUGGGGAAGGGUUUCUAGGGUUUUGAAGGUGCCUACCUAAGAAAAAGGCCCAAACUCCACUCUGGGAAAUACUCAACACCUAUCCAAAUAAACCAUCAGUGAGAAACCAAAGGAGACCUUGGAACAAGAAAAUGGCACUUCUCUUCAAUUACCAUUUGAUAUUUUUCAAUAAAGACAGGGUCAAAUGAAUGAGAGAAAAGGGAAAGAAAUUUACUUUUCUAACGCUAGACAUUUUAAUUUCCCAUCACGCUGGCCUACUGCUUCCUUUCUGAUCUGCAUACCCUGGGGAUUCUGACUCUGUGUCCUGAGCUCUAUGACCAUUGCCUGUUAGUGGGGACAGAAGUUCCUUGUUGCCUGAGGCAACAAAUGCUUGCAUGUUUACAAAUAAUGGAAACGUGUUUAUAAUGUUUCUUUCUGAGAAUAGGGCAGAGUAACAGGCAGGGAGAGUAAAGAAAGAGAACAUAGGUACCUGUUGUAGACUGAAUCAUAUACCCACUAAAAUUCAUGUUGGAUCCCUAACCCCCCAAAAUUACUGGUUUUGGAGAUAGUGUCUUUAAAGAGGUGACUAAGUUUAAAUAUGAUCAUAAGGAUGGAGUCUUAAUCCCAUAUGACUGAUGUUCUUAGAAGAAGAGGAAGAUAUACAUGAGGAUGUGCUCACACACAGGGAAAGAUCACACAAGGACACAGCUAGAAGGCACUGUCUGCCAGCCAAUGGGAGAGGUCGCAGGAGAAACAACCCUGCCAACAUCUUGAUGUUGGAUUUUCAGCCUCCAGAGCUAUGAAAAAAUAAAUUUCUGUCGUUUAAGCCAUUCAGUCUAUGGUGUUUUCUUAUGGCAACCAGAACUAACUAAUACAGCACCUAAGCAAGAGGGUGGUGAAGGAGAGAAAGAAGGAUAGAGCAAGAAGGAAUCAGGCCUACUUCAUAACUUUUUUUAAAAAUAUAU